AACUAAACUCUUUAGUUGGAUUUCAGAACAUCAGACGGGCGGGCGUGUGUAGGAUGGAUCGUUAACAUCAUCAGCAGUUUUUUUCAUUCCGCCUUCUAGCAGUGUUUGUUUAUUACCUUCCGGCACACUUUCCGUAAAUCCUUCUCGACGGUGGUGCUUUGUAUUUUAAAUUUUAAUUUAGACGUUUAUUUUCUAUCUUUUAACAUUGUUCCGAUUUCACGUCGAGAAGGCGGCCGCACAAGUUUGAAAGCGGCUUUUCAAGAGUAGAACACCUACUCGUAAUAUUUCAAUAUCGCUGUAUCACCUCAUCAGAUAAUUACCAAGAUGGUGAAGAAGGUUUCAGAAGAGAGUGUAGAUAGUGGCGUCGGCCGUUGCAGCAGCCAGUCGGGCAGUGAGCGAGACUCGGACGAGAGCCCGCACGGCUCCGAACCCUCAGCGCCGGUCUCCAUUCCCGACAGCGAGGAUCUUCAACGGCGUAAGGAAGAGGCGCGCAGGAAGCGCCGAAGGAAGAAGCGUUCCGGCAGCUCUGUCGUCACGUCAUGUUUUCAAGAUCUUUAUAAGCUGACUGGCGAGAUAUUGGGCGAGGGCGCGUACGCAUCUGUCCAAACAUGUGUGAAUAUCUACACGGGCCAGGAGUUUGCUGUGAAGGUCAUCGAUAAGGUGCCAGGCCACGCCCGCGCCCGGGUGUUCCGCGAGGUGGAAACCUUCCACUACUGUCAGGGGCACCCUAACAUAAUCCAGCUCAUCGAAUUCUUUGAGGACACAGACAAGUUCUACCUUGUCUUCGAGAAGAUCAACGGCGGUCAGCUUCUAUCUCGCAUCCAGGAGCACCACUAUUUCUCAGAACCGCAAGCCGCCGAGAUUGUGCGCGAGAUUGCAAACGCGCUGCACUUUCUGCACGGCAAGGGUGUUGCCCACCGCGACCUCAAGCCGGAGAACAUCCUGUGCGUGCACCGCGACCGACUGUGCCCCGUGAAGAUCUGUGACUUUGAUCUAGGCAGUGGGAUCAGCUUCACUUCGAGCCUCGCCAGUCCGCUGGCAACGCCGCAGCUGAUGACCCCUGUGGGCAGUGCAGAGUUCAUGGCGCCAGAAGUGGUAUCUCUGUUUGCGGGGUCAGCAGCGACGCAUUACGACAAGCGCUGCGAUCUGUGGUCGCUGGGCGUCAUUGCCUAUAUCCUGCUGUGCGGGUACCCACCAUUCCGCGCCGACUGCGGCGCGGAUUGUGGCUGGGAACGCGGCGAGAACUGCCGCGCUUGUCAGGACCUCCUCUUCACUUCUAUACAGGAGGGACGGUACUCGUUCCCGGAGGAGGAGUGGUCCCACAUCUCGUGCGAGGCCAAGGAGCUGAUCGGGCAGCUGCUGGUGCGCGAGGCGUCGCACCGGCUGAGCGCCGAGCGCGUGCUGCAGCACCCCUGGCUGCGGCGCGCCGACCCGCACGCACACUUCCCGCCGCUGCAGACGCCCAUCAAUAUCAAACGGAACAUGUCGGCGCGCAACCUGUCCAACUUCGCGGAGUCCGCGAUGGCCGUGAACCGGGUGAUCCAGCAGCACUUCUCCAUGAACUACUCGUACAUGGAACGGCCGACGGCGGCGCUUCGCUGCAGCAAGUCGUGCUACCCGAGCCCGGACGCGGCGCUCGAGCUGCCGCCGCCGCACGACAGCAUCCUCGAGGCGGACGAGCUCGAGCGCUACUGCUCGCCGCCGUUCGGCCUCUCGCCGCCCACCGACUCCGAGCUGCUGCGCCGCCGGCUGCAGCACGCCGUCGACAAGCCGCUGCCGGUGCACUAGCUCCGCGCCCCGCCGGCACGUCCUCCCGAGCCCAGUGUGCUGGCGGCCGGCGCACGCUACCGCCCCCUAGCGGCUUGUCAGUCGACGUUCGGCCGCCGGCGGAGCGCGCGCGGCCCGCAACAUUCCACCGAGCGCCUCUCGCCGGGCCGCGCGGCCACCACCGGUUCAGACUGUGCCAAUGGAAUAUAUUCCUCCAGUGAUACGUGACCGAUCGCCGCUCGGCGAACGGACCUUAUACAUAGAGCUAUAACAGUUUUAUUUGAGCCUUUUAAAGAUAUAUUUUUAUGAAUAAACAAAAAACGACUGAAUAGUUUUAUCGAUAUGUAGAUAUGAUGAUGUAUUUGUGAGUUAUGUGGAGGCGGUGCAUCUGCACGCCCGUGACCGAGACGGUCGUUAAAAAUCGUAUUAUAUUGAGAUAGUUGUGCUGAUCUACAUAAUAUUAUUAUUAUCGACUACAGUUUCUUUUUUUUUUUUUGGAUUUAUAAAAUCCGCAAUUUUGAAAUUGAGCUUAUGUAUUUGUGUAAAUCGCCUUUCGUUUGUGGCCUAUCCUUGCAAUAAAUAGAAAUUACUUUAUGUCAUUUUCGAUGGAGUUUUUGGAUACUAGUCUGUUUAUGUGAUCGUUAUUUGCAUUUUUACCAACGAUGAAAAACCACAUCUCAUUAAUUAAGAACGAAUAAAAUGUUUUAUAUAAGAGUGUUAAGAUAUAAUUAAUAUGUGACAUUUUUAUAGGUGCAAGUGUUACUUUAGUUUCGCGUAUUUUUUUGAUCCGUACAAAUAGAGCAUCCUAUCGUAUGCACUUAUUUAUGGAUGAGAGGGAUAAAAAGAUCACUUGUGAACUGAUUAAUUGAAAUGUCAUAUAUUGGAAUCGAGCUGUGUUGGUUGGUACGAUAAGUGUUGCAUGGGGUUCCGUAUUAGAGCUGCCAUUAAACAUUGUGAUCAGUUUGAAUACUUUUAUAUUGCUGAAAGUGUAAGCGUUGAAGUAAUGUUAAGUGUAGACCUGUGCUAGUAGACCUGCGUACAAACAAUAUUGAUUGGAGAAAGGUUCAGACGACCUUACUAUUGGCCGUUAUUGUUUUUUAUUCACAAAUUUUAUAUUUAAAUUGAAUAUUUAAGAUUCCUAAUUCUAUAUUUUAUAGUCAGGUGGCUUAUCCAAUCAAUACUAAAUAUUAACUGCGCAGAAAAUUGUUAAAAUUUUGUUUUCGACUAAAUCAUUGAUUUGAACUGUCACUGAAAUACAGAUGUUUGAAUUUUUUA